UGUCACCACCUUUGUGUGUAUAUAUAUAUAUAUCCCACUCCUCUCCAUUUCCAAAAACUUCCUCUGCGAUCUCUCUCAACAAAAUUAACAAAAGGGAAAACAAAUCCAACAAAAAGAGGAAAAAGAAGAAGAUACAUAAACAAGUGAUCAUCAGGAGUAAUGGGAAAUUGUAUAAGGCAUGAAUCUUCUAUGCAAUGGGGUGGCGAGGACUGGGGAUCUCUGGCAAAGGAAGGGCUUUUCGCCGGUGAUGACGUGGACGGCAGGGCCAUGAAAAUGGAGGAAAAGGGUCUUCUGGGUGAUGACGAAAGUGGGUUUAGUUCGUCUACAACAGCAGCGAAAACUACGGAGGUGAAGAUCAAGAUCACAAGGAAGCAACUGGAGGAGUUGCUGGGUAGAGUCGACAUAAAAGACUUGUCGGUGCACCAGGUUUUGGCUCAGUUGAUGAGCGUCAGUGAUCGGUACGAGGCGCAUCAACGGUCCUGGAGACCUGCCCUGCAGAGCAUUCCUGAAGUUAAUUGAUGAUCAUCAAGUACUGUACAUGUGGUCAUGACAUGAUGAUGAUGAUAUUGACGAUGAUGAUGAUGAUGAAGAUAUGAUAGGUGUUAUAUAUGAGUCUUUCUUGCUCUUAAGGAUGUCUUCGUGUUGGUUAAUGUAGUGUUAGAAUUGGUUUUUGUUCUAUACAUUUUGUUUAAUUACUGUAAAUACCAAACACACCUUUAUAUGAGGCAGAGUUUGAGGUUAA